UUGCGUAACUAGCGUUUGCUUUCAUUAUCAAAAUUAUCUUGUGACGUUUUCUAUCGGCGUUUUUCUACGCAUUACAAUACGUUUCAAGGUCGGUAUUGUUUGUAAACAACAGGUGGUUGGCGCUAGGUAUUCAGGCUACCAGCUGAUCGUAAAGAAAAAUAAAGAAACAACAAAUGCACUACUACAUAAGCGUUGUGGGUAUAAACAUCGAUUCGAAUGACAUCUGUCAAAACAGAAAAUUUCUCCGUAUUCUGACAUAAAAUAUUGUAGAUGAUCCACCAUUAGUCAUAUGUGCUUUUCACUUUAGAUAUAUCAAGUGCGGAUAAUUGAAACUCAACAUACUUGAGAGGAUUAUUUUCAGUAGAUAGUAUUUCAAAGACAGGAGCUAAAAGUUACUCUUUAGGGCCAAAGGUGGGUCUGCAGAAAUGGAUAAACUUUCUAUCUUUGGUGGCUUGCAGAAAUCGAUCGAUACUUUAAAAUCAACAGAAUGCAGCCAAAAGGAGAAAAUCACCCACUUUGGCCAAAUCAGCGAAGCGAUUGUAUCCUACAGAUCGAACUCGUCGAGCAACAGCUUUCAGAACCACCUGAGCGCAGCGAUCGGUACAUUGCUGAUGUUUUGCGAAGAAACCGAUUCUUCCGUACGGAUGAGUGCGGAAGAGAAUCUGAACCGCAUUGUCAGAUUUUGCGAAGGCAAUGGAAGUAUCGUUAGGGUGCAAGUCGAUCUGUACCAUGAGAUAAAAAAGAAUGGAAAUGAAAAAGCUCUUAGAGUUUGUUUGGCACUGUUUGCACAUUAUUGUGGAGCUAUUAAGCAGCGUAAAGGGAAAACUUAUGCGCAGAAUUUGCUGCCUUGUAUUUACGCUAUAUCGAAACGAAGAGAAGUUCAAGUGUUGGAAAGUUUAGCUGCAUUUAUAAAAGUGUUCAGUGAAAAUCUGGGAAGCUACAUGACUGAUGGAGAAGUUCUUAAAAUAACAGAAGUUUUCGUAGAAGAUUUAGCAGCCGAAUGUACGACGAAGCGACGAUGUGCUGCUCAAAAUAUCGAUUCAUUUAUAGAUCGGUCCAGAUGUCCUGAGUUCUAUGCGAAUAACACUUUCAAUCGUUGCAUCGAAAUGCUUAUGAAAAGUCAGGAACAAAAUGCUGUGCUAGGAGUGUUGACAUGUUUCCGAGGGAUUCUGCCGAUAGUGUUGAAGCACUCAACACCGGAAAAGUCGAUAGAGAUUUUCGAUCUCGUUUUAUAUUUUGUCAUAGACGGCAAUCAUAGUGUUGUAAAUGCUGCGCUGGAAGUGGCAGAUGUAAUAUUGAACAAUUUUCAGCCUGCGGCGAAGAAAGCACUGAUUUCGGUGGAUAUGGAGCACCGCGUAUGGUUACUGAAAAGAAAAACUUUGAAAAAUUCAGUAUUCAAAAUAAAUAUGAGCGAAAGUAUGCUCAAUUCUCGAAAAUCUAGCACUGACGCUGGUAGAGAUUUGUUGAAACCGGAUAAGAGCAUGUCGUUCCUACAGGUGACAUCCACCCCAACAAAAUUCACACCAGGCGACGAUAAAUCCUUGGCAUCUGCAUCUGAUUUAGAACUUGAUUUUUCAAAAUGCGUGGAUAUUGAACAUUCGCUACAGAUAGCCAGCUCUAGUCCAAUGAAGGAUGUGAAAGCGAAAACCUGUCAGUCUGAUAACAUUUCUUUGAAAAGCCAAAAGUCAACAGAUUCUAUCGGUUCGCUCAUAAAUACUUUUCUCGUAACCAGCACCAAUGCCGGUGAGUCGAUGAGUAAGUUCUUUAGAAAAUCUUUCGAUUCGCCUGCAUCUGGAUCCACACCAGCCAAAGAUGCCGAUAGCGUGAAACGAUCGGAGGACGAUGAUCUAUCGCUGGAAUCGUUAGCCAGCAGUCAAAUUUCGAUACAGAGUAGUAAUGCCGACACUAUAAAAAAUGAGUUGGAUGUGAUGCUGGAAGUUGAUGAUUCUACUAUGACCGACACGUUAACAAUGCAGGAUGCUGAUCCAGCGAAUUAUGGAACUGCACAAGACGAGCUACGGGCAGAAACGCCUAUGGCUUCUCUAGCUAGUGCAAUGGAGGACAUUGACGAGCCAUGCGAAAGUGUGACGCGUGAUGUUUUUAUAGGAUCAAUUCAUGAUCAAAACAUUCUCGAUUAUACCGCGAGGCUGAUUGCAUCCAAGUUCUUGCUUGCUGGAACCAAACAUGGACUCAUACCAGAUUACAAUGUUCGCGUCUCAGUAAAAAGUAUGUCUUUGCAGAUACUUUCCCAGUGCGUUAAACUAAGACCGGAAGUUCUCUUGCUGACGUUGGAGAAAAAUGAACCAAAAGAUGAGUUCGACGUGGUGGAAAUUCUGAAUUUGGAAGAUGCGAUUAACGAGAUGUCAAACAACGAGGAGACCCCACCCUCCGGUGCAGAAAUGGUUGCUGCAUCCGAACCGGAAGGGUUGUUGGAAAUCAAAGAGGACCAUUUCGGGGAAUGCACGAGCACAACUUAUUUUGAGUAUUUUUCUCCCAUGAGUAUCAGCCUCGAUCAAGGGCUCACAUCGCUUAAGUCAAAACUGAAAAUGGUUGAAGAAAAUUUCAGCAUAAUGGCCACUGACAGCCAGGAUAAAUUAAGUAAGGAACUGGAUGCUAUUCUUUCACAAUCGGAGUGUAGCGGAAUGGCAACUAGGAAAGGAGAGCGUAGAAAAGAGCUUCUGGUUGUACCAAAGGUUAUUACUAGCAGGGGAGACAUUGUAACAAAACGUUUAGAUUCCGACAACGACGAAGAUCAACAGGUGCUUGCAGAUGUAUUGCUGUUUUACAACCACGCCGAUCAGAUGUUGAGAGCGAAUGUCUUACAAAUAAUUGGAAAUUUCUUAAGAGCGGUUUUGGAGUCUCAUGGCAGUACUGAUGCUUUUCUUACCUAUAACGAAAAAAAGAACGCGUUUAAAAAAUAUCUCACCGAAGACGUUUUGUUGCAAGUCAUCAUUCAGGGGUUCUCUGAUGAAAUUCACAUUGUGGUAAACCAAGCGUUGAGCGCAUUUGAACUUGUUUUUAUGACGUAUUGUAAACAACAGCCUUUUAAUGGUGUUCAGAAUAGAAAUUGCGCGUCAAAUUCUGUUGAUUUCAGUUUUCAAAAAACAUCAAAGACAAACUUUUUUAUGAAUGAGAAUGAUCAACCGAAGACAAGUCCACAGGACAUUCUCGGUCAACUGUUCCUUGUAUUUAACAACAAGUACUGGUUGGUGCAAUGCAAAGUGUGUGAAGUGUUUGUGAACAUAGACUUCAAAACUCUUAGAGCAACGAUUGGCGUUGAGCAAACGAAGCUGAUCCAGGAAAAAUUCUUCCAGCAAAUUUUAAUACUUUUGCGAAGUAGCGAUUUCCGAGUUAGAAACCACGCAGGAGAGAAGCUCAUUUGCUAUAUAGAAAAUAUUUCUGGAACACACUGUGCAGAAAAAGAAGAUGGGAUUAUUGGAAGCUUUGUCAAAGAACACGUACUAUCAUGCUUCGCGAAUCCUAUCGAUGUCCGAUAUUUCUCUCACCCAAACAAUAGUCAAGACCUCGAUACUAAUAUUGCAAAAGUUUUGUAUACUCUCAGCAACAAGCUUCUCGACUUGAGUGAUCGUAACCAAUUGUUUGGGUUUAUUAACUUUCUUAAAAUGCUGAUCGCCAAAUACAAUCCUUUCGACUAUGUGGAUAUGUGGAAUGAAUUUAAUUUAUUAAAUGUUAUUUCAAGUUUGAUGACAGAGCAUACAGCAACAGCACUCGAUCUAACUGCGCAGAACGAUUUGUUGGAGAUAUGCUCUACGCUAAUGAUUGUCACAAUAUCAUCGAAGCCAAUUACCGGCAUGGACAACGAAGUGAUUGAUAAGUUUAUCUUUCACGUUCUGAAGCUGUUGAACAUAUAUCAACAUCUGCUGUUAUUGCCCGUGCCAGUACAAAAACCACCCAAAGGAGAAUUGUUCGCGAACCCUAAAGAGCUGCAGCUCAUCAAUUGUUUCGGAUACUUUGGAAACGAUCCGCUGUAUGUGAAGUUGUAUAAUUUGCUACGAAAAGUAUACGAAAGUUAUAAGAUCACCAUCUCAUCGGAAAUAAAUCAAAAGUUCUUCGGUCUUCUACGGACAACGAUUACAAGCCUCUGGCGCAUUCUGGAAAUCAAAAACAUCUCAUCCAUGACCAACGGUUUCAAAUUCAUCGAAGAGGUUUUGCGAUAUUUGAUCACGUUUCUACCAUACGAACCGGAGCACUGUGUCCGCUGCACCAGAUUCUUGUUACGUUUUCUCUUCAGCUGCAAUUAUGCCAACCGUCUGGAGGACGUCGCCUAUUUUCGAGAAGCCAGUCAAUCGCUUUCGCUUUCCGAUGCGGUCGAAUGUCGGAAAUUUUUCGAUCGGUAUUAUGAGUUCUGCAAGUGCAAGAAUAUUACCUCCGUUUCGGAUCUGGGAAGUUACAUCAAGCAGUUUGAGCAGAUGGUAAUCGCAUGCUUAAAAAUAUACUCAAAAACAACAGCAAAAGUACAGACGGUGAUUCUUAAGUUGCUGUGUCAGCUUCUCGAUUUCAAUAUAAAUUAUCAACUAUUGGACUCUAGUAACGUGUUUGUUGAAAGUGUUCUCAAACAUGUAGAACUACUGGAAACGGGAUCAAUUCCGGACGCAGAGCGACUGAUGCCAUGCAUAGUCAAAUUUCUAUUUAUUCUUUCCCAUUCGAAAGAUCGUGCUAAAAUUAUUAACAUUCCAAAGAUAAUUAAUAUCUGUGAUAAUUUGCUGGCCAAUGCUCUGAUUAGGAAAACGGCAAUAGCAUCACUGCAAUCUUUGGUGCAUGAGAUAUUUCUACUGUAUAAAGUGGCACCUUCCGGUCUGGGCUCUGAACUGUUAAUGGCUGAAGUGGCCACGCAAAAGGAGGUCAUUCUGAAUAUGAUGAUCAAGUUUCCCGAAGAAGUCAGGUGCUAUGAAAUUGCGCCGAUGGUUCUUCUGGUUGAAAGACAGACAGUACCAGGGAAAUACGAACCGGAAAUAUGGAAUGCAUUGAUUGGAGCCAUGCAAGAGAAGAAAAUGGUGAUCAACUGUGACCGUGAAAGACUAAUUUUGAAAAGAGUGUUGGAAACGGUGAAUGGUGGCGUGAACCAGGAUGCGGCAGUUGGACGCGGUAUAUUGGGAACCGUUAAUGAUAUCUUCAAAAGUAGAGACUUCACGACGAAACAAAAACUGAUGUAUUAUCAAAUAAUUUUUGAAAACAUCGUGCUCAAAUAUAAAGAGGACGAAUUAUUACAUCAAGUAGCACCGUUUUCCGACGAAGGUCCUGAAACAAUUGCCGAGACAUAUUUGGCAAACUUAUUGUGUGACAUUUUGUACUCACUGAUUGAGGGUUAUCAAGCGCAGAAAAAAGACACAGUUUUAAAAAAUAAUAUGAUUGAUUUUAUACGAAUCAUUGGAAAAAUGCAUAUUUAUCCAAAAAUCAAACUAGCAUUUUUGAACACGUUGAGGAUCAACACAAUAAUCCAGGUUAAUGAAGACUAUUUGUACCACGCUUGCAUCUGCAUUCUUCUGAUCAAAUUUGGCUUUGAAUUCAAAAUGAUAACAUCAACAAUCAGCGAACAACAUGGAACCGUCGCCUAUGAACAGUUGAUCGAAAUAUUAAUCCAAAUGUUUUCUGACCGUGAAAAAGCAUCAGCUGAUUUUCCCUCUACCGAUAUCUCAUAUCUGAUAAAUGAUCAUUUUGUAACCUUACAAACCCACUUCGAUUCAUUCCUUGUACGCUACAUUUCCUCCCCUGAGUACUCUGACGUGAUUGUGAUGAAAACGAUUGCUACUAUUCGCCAACGAAAGGUGUCCAGUUCUACAUUAUUCAAUUUGUUGGAAAAAUCCAAUCUUAAGAGCCUUCCGUUGCUGACGGAGGGGCUAAUUGAUCUGCUAGGAGAAACCAACGUAAUUAUAGCUCGUAGAUCUGCCAUGGUGCUGGAUGAAAAAUUAAAUGCUUUACUGAGAGUUACUCCGCUUGAUAGCGAAAGCGUCGGAUCCCUUCUUCCACGUCAAUAUUACGAGCAACUAUUUAGCAGUUUUACGCCAGAGCGUCGUAAAAGGUUUCCAAAGUUAUUCAAAACUGCGUUACUGCUAGUUCGCUUCUAUGAAGGUCUGAACAUACCGCAAGAUCUUGUUACACAGAUCGAUACGCAAAACCUCAAGCAGCUAAAUACCGACGAGGAAUGGUUCUUGGAUCAAAUUAGCUUCCAUUGUACGAGAAAAUCAUAUACAAAACCGAAAAACAUAGCCCGCAUGCUACAAGAAGUCAACUCUGAAAGCAAGCUCAUCAAUCUGCUCUCCAAUUCUAACUUCAACUUCCGUUUGCUCCGAGAAGUGAUUGCCACAGCAUUCGAAAAUAUGUCGCACAUGUUCCGUAUAGAUUGCGUACAAUUUAAUCCGCACCUGAACUAUCUCAAAGUACAUCCCAUGUUGAAAGUUGGUUUGAUUGUGCUAAUGAGAAAGCUGGAUGAAAUAAAUGCCACCCCGGAGGACGCACUCGACGAGAAAGCCGUAUUGCACUGUGUGAAAGCCGCAAUCUGCUUCCUGGAAAAUGUAAUUUGCCUGGAACAUCUUUGUUUAAUCUACGUUGAAGCACGAUUCAUAGAUCGAUUCAUCAAAGACCACAUUUUGAAGUCAAACUUUUACGAAUCGCUUCUACUGUUAGCUUUGAAUUGUGCCAAAUUUAUUCGAACGAAUAGGCAGACAUCCAAAACAAAUGACGCCACAUCAAUCCAGCUCCAUCUUAAAUGCAUCCACCUUAUCCUGCAGCAAAAGUGUCUCUGGUCAGAACUUAACCAAAACGACAAAUAUUUAGAAGUGCAAGAUCUCCUCAUCCGGAUGGUAUUCGAACUCGUCACUGGACAUUUGCAGGGAACCCACUUCCUGCAAUGCUACCAAGCACCGGAACUUUUCAACGAUCUCAUUGCGAACCACUACGAACAGGUUGAGGUUUGUCUACAAGCUCUACUAGUGGCACAGUACAUCUCCGAACGCGACUACAUUGAAGAAGGGGCACAUUUGGCGGAGUAUCCGAAACAAAUGAUGACCACGGUUGACUCGGUGGCAAUAUCUCUGCUGAAAAUGGAUCGCUUCUACUCGAUCGCCAUGACCCCGAAGGAGGUGUUCAACUGUUACAGUUUGGACGUUGACGUCGAUCCAAUGAAGUUGCCCUCAGUACCGAUUGAUUAUCUGUACGAGCUGGAUACUUUGGAGGUUUAUCUGAAAAGGGUGAACAUAUUUGGAUAUUCAUCGAAACAACAGUUUGAAGAGUUGUUCAUGUCACUGUUGGUGCUGAUUAAUCGCGAAGGUGAUCCAGAAAUUAUGAACUACCAGGAACAAUACGAAAUUAAAAAAAUGUGCCUCACUGCAAUUGGUAACCUGCUGUUAACAUGCUACAAAUACCCAAGAAUUGGUUUCGGUAAUGGCAAAUACCAUCAUGUGCCUCGUUAUUCAACCAUCAAAUGCACUACCGUUGGCGCGAAGAAACUUCACAGCAUCCAGCUUCUAAUACCUUCCAACAGCGUUUUCUAUCAACCAAAUUUGGAACGAAAGCUUUCGGUUUCUACCAAUGACGAUGGAUUGUGGACGAACGAUAAUGUGAUUGGAACGAACGCUUUUUUGGCGAAUCAAUUUUCCAUCUACUUCGCGUGGCAAACUUUGGAGAGUUCCGAGAAUGAAUCCCUGGUAUACAAAAACCUCAAAUACUUCAUCGAGAAGGCUAAUUUGGACGUCACGAGUUCCGUACAGUUGAUUUACGGAAUUUUAGAGCAAAUGAUUGAGGAUAACUACGCUUUAAUUCUACCGCUUGUGGUGCAGUUUUGCGAAAUCUGCGAGAAUAGAGACCAAAUACGACACCUUUAUAAUCAGGUACUUGCUCUGCAGGAAAAAGUCCCAAUGGAAGAUACGUUAUCGCAACAGCAUAUUAUAUACUUAUUAUGCAAGAUGGCAGCACUAUUAGUACCAACAAUGGCAGAAUUGACACAUCUCUGUACAAUCAUUCCAACAUAUUUGAAAAGCACCCAGCUUUACAUCAGGAAUUCAACAUUAAACGGAUUAUCCUGUCUGCUAGAGUGUCUGGUCCUUUCAAAUACCACCAUGGGUGGUCUCAGUGAAGAGCUGCAAUUACUACGAAACAUAGUCGUUAAUUACGUUGUGAAGCAUGGAAUCAUAGAUGAAAGUGCGACAACUUACAGUGAUAUGCACUCGAAACUUGUAUGGUCAUUAAACUUCUUUUUAAUCGAAACAACUUCACGAUACGUAGUGGAUUGCAAUUUGUUGCAGAACAGCAUAAUUUCUGCGAACAAUAUUCUCAAACGGACAACAAAUCUGGAAAUUUACUUAUGCAUUCUUAAUGGUCUCGAACGGCUUGUGCUCACCAACAGUGCCAGCCGACAACUUUUGGAAAGGAUUGAAAAACUAUCCCUCGAUCUAGUCAAACUGGACAAUGAAAUGUUUGCCUUGGCAGCGCUGAAGUUGCUGCUAACGUGCAUCUAUCACAGCUCAGAUGAACAGUUGGAAAACACUGAACGAUCCAACGGCAUUGUCCAAGACGAACCGGAGAUAAUCAUUCAGCAGAUAGAGAAAAUCGAAAUACUGUUCGCCAAAAUCCGUACAACUACGCCUCAAGGAGCGAAAAUCUUCGGCAACGUGUUGUGCCAGCUGAUCCGGGACCUGCUACCUCCGAACGAAAUCCUCACCAAAGUUUUCAAAGAGUUGAUGCUGAAUCAACCAAAUCCGGACAUCAUUGCCAUCCUGACCUAUCAAGUGUUCCGGUCGGCAAUCGAUUGCUCCUAUUUGGCUUUGCUUCAGGAAUGGCUGAUUUGCUCAUUACCGAACUUUCUAGCAUUGCCUCAGAUCAACAAAUCCGUAUGGUGUUUGACAGUCAUAUUUUUGUCCGCUUCACUUAAUCAACAUUUGUUGAAAAUUUUCCCGGAGGUUCUGUCGUUACCAUCGUACCAGCAGUUGAACGAACGGGAGAUUAACAAUCUGAUCAUUUCGGCUAAGGAUUUCUAUCGCCGGUUGGACCCAGCGCAAAAAUCAAAGUUCAGGGAAAUAUUCCAGCAAAGCGAAUCAUAUGUGUAUCAGGGCCUUUUGCAGAGUCUCUAGUUUGGUGCUAGUUUGUAAUGAAUUCGACGUUAUUUAUUGGAAAUCUAUAGAUAUAUUAUUUGUAAAAUAUUUAUAUGCUAGUAUUUAUCAAACCAAUAAAGAAACACCCAAAUAACAGAACA